AUGGGUUCACAAGUGAAAACUGUUCAGUUCAGCCAUUUCAUGGCGGUUGCUCUUGGCUUGUAUAAAACUAUGGGAAUCGACACAUUUACUUCGCAAGUGAAAUAUGGCACUCUUGAUAGGUUUAUCCAAGUUGUCAUCUUGCACUUAGGCACAUGGAACUUGAUACUGAUAAUAAUUGGUGAAAUCAUCUACCUGCUAAAAUCCUUUGGAUCUUUUGAGAAUUUUCUGCAAAUAACAGCAGUACUCCCUUGUAUUGGACUGUGCGUGGGUUCAAUGGGAAAAAUUUUGACCGUCUGGAACAAAAAAACGCAAGUUAAAACUAUCUUAAGCCAACUUGAGGGAAUAUUCCCGCGAAAUCUUGUCGAACAGGAGAAGUUUCAAGUCGAAACUUAUAGGAAACAUAUAACGAAAAUGAUAAUCCCUUUGACUGUAGUGACAAUGUUUGCGCUAUGGGUGUUCAAUUUGUAUGAAUUAUUCGAUUCAUCUGUUUAUUACUUUCGCAAUCGGCAGUUCCAAAAAGUGUAUCCUUAUUUUGUUUGGUAUCCUUUUGAUGACCAAACUAAUGUAGCUUAUCCACUAGUAUAUUUGCAUCAAUGCUAUGCGGGCUACGUAGCAGUAGGCUCUACCUUGGCGACUGAUUUACUUUUGUGCUGUAUCAUCAACCAACUUCGAAUGCACUUCGAUUUUAUAUCGAGGCAGAUUGCAGAAAUAGUUCCCAAAGGAAGACCAAAUGAUGUGCGAAUUGUGAAACAUUUGAUUGAACAUCAUAUUACAAUUUUGAGAAUAUCGGACGAAGUGAAUGAUGUUUUUGGCUUAUCCACCCUCUACAUUUUUGUUUCUUCUUCUCUGAUUAUUUGUUUGACCGGAUUCCAAGUCUCUGCCGGCGUAACUGACAAGGAUCUUGUUAAAUAUAUAUUAUUUUUGGCGUAUGAAUUAUUUACGGUGUUCGUCGUGUGCUACCACGGAAAUUACUUAAUUGAUUCGGGAAUGAAUAAUUUGGAAGAAAUGCAACAAUCUUAA